AUGGCAGGGGAAGGCGGGGAAGGGAGGAGCGUCGCCUCCUCCUUACCGGCGUUACGAAGCCGGACGCUUCAGGGUUGCCGCCUCUGCCUCACCGGCUUCUUCCACUCCGAUAUCCAGUGGCCCGAGCGAUUGGGCGCUGAGCUGGUGACAGCUCCGGAGAAUGCCACGCAUGUGGUGGUGGCAAGACGGACUGAGAAGUGGCUCAAGGCACUGGCACUCCAGCAAGCAGGCGGGCUUUCCAUCGUGCACCCUGGCUGGCUGCUCUAUGCGGCGGUCACAUGGCGAAGGCCCUGCGAAGAGAAGUUCCCCUUCCCCAAGGAGGGCAGCUGCAAAAGCUUCCUUGACAUCUGGAGCUCCGAGGCUCUGAGUGUAGAGGAUGGCGAGCCGACGCUCGAGAAAGAGCGGAAAAGCAUGGGUUUCCUCGGGUUUAGGGUUUUAGGGGAUCGUCUGGAGGCGCUUUGGUCGCGCCCGAAAUGGAGGCAGCGCCGCUUCCAGCUGAAGCCGUCGGUUGGCGAGCAUCCUUGCUUUGCAGGCUUCACGUCCAUGAUCCGGGACUCCGGUCGCUGCGGGGGAUGGCAGCGAACUUAUCCGGAGGUGGGACAGAAGAGGGCCUACCUGAAUGUAGGCAUGGGCAGGCGCAGCGAGUUCACGCUGGAGGAUCUGGUGGCCGGGCACAUCAAUGUAUGGGCGGAGGAGGGAUCUACAGAUCUUCAGCGCGAUGUCGCAGUGAAGGCAGCCGAAAUCUAUGCCAAUGUCCACAAUGUGGACGAGCUGAAGCCCGCAGCUGGGAGCGCCAGCUGGAUGGAGCACGAAUGCAAGGUGAUGGGAGAGAUGCCGUUCAUGUACACCUGCUCCGAUCGAAUCAACGUCCUGCUGCAGCGCUGUGGCUUCGACAACGCAUUCGUGAUGGCCCAUGACUUCUUGGUGAACUUUCCCGGGCCCGUCAACAACAAGUCCAGUACCAACGCAGACAUUAUCUUCUAUCUGUGCCAAGAGCUCGUGGACGUGAAUCCGAACCCUUACCACGUCGCGAACACCUUCGCCCAUGAGCUAGCUCAUGUCAUUCAGGGAGGUUUCGGAACCAGCACCACGGUGAUGAUGGAGGGCGGCGCCACCUGGCUGGAGGGCAGCUUGCUCAACCUGGCGCCCCGGCCCAUGGUCUACGCCUGGGGAUUCCGUGACUGGACCCUCGGGCCGGGAGCAGCUUAG